UAAACUUAAGAGAACAAACAGUAACUUUAAUCUACAAUUUAUUUAAAAUGAAAUUUCAGCUAGCAUUCCUAUUAAUAUCGUUAAUUUUAAUUAUUAACAUUCAUAAUUUAAAUGCCCAGGAUUCUGAAGUUCCUGAUUUCGACGAUGUGAUAACUAAUCCAAAAAGCGGUGACAAUGUUAUCAAAGGGAAUAAUAUUCACGAUCAAACUCAGGUCAAUGGCAAGACUGUUACAACACCUCCCACCACAGCUGCAAGUGCUAGUGCAAUGUAUACAGAAGGAUUCUGGUUAAAUGGUUAUAUUUUGGUUCAAUGUUUGUUUAUUUUUAUGAGAAAAUGUAAUAUUUUUCAAAGUUUAAAAUAAUUAAAUGUUUUAAUAAGGUA